GCUACCCAACUCCACUCCUGCUUCAAGCUCCUUAACUCCUCUCGUCUCCUGUCUUGAAGACUCUCAGCCAUGCAGUCCUACAGCAUCACCAGCGGGCCCACCAUGAUGAGCCGGCAGAGCUACAGUUACUCAUCCAGAACCGCCCCGAGGGCUCAGAGCUUGUCCGGACUCAGCCUGGGGGGGCCCCGUAUCUCUUCUGCCACCAUGCGCACCGUUUCCUCCGGCUUCGGCGGCGGCUAUGGAGCAUCAGCAGGCACGUUCGACCUGUCUCACGCCUUGGACCAGAACACCAUUCAGCUGAACGAAAAGGCCACCAUGCAGAACCUGAACGACCGUCUGGCCUCCUACCUGGAGAAGGUGCGCUCUCUGGAGGCUGCCAACGCUAAGCUGGAGAAGCAGAUCAGAGAGUACUACGAGCAGAAGGGCCCUGCGGCCGAGAGGGACUACAGCAACUACUGGGCUAUCAUCAACGACCUGAAGGACAAGAUUAUGGCUGCCACCAUCGGCAACGCUAACAUCCUCCUCCAGAUUGACAACUCCAAACUGGCUGCUGAUGACUUCAGAACCAAAUAUGAACAUGAGCUGAUGAUGCGCCAGUCCGUGGAGGCCGACAUCGCCAACCUGCGCCGCCUGCUCGACCAGACCACUCUGACCAAAGCUGACCUGGAGAUGCAGAUCGAGGGCCUGCAAGAUGAGCUGGCCUACCUCAAGAAGAAUCACAUCGAGGAGCUGGCAGCGCUGCGGUCACAGCUCUCCGGCACAGUCAACGUGGAGGUUGACGCCGCGCCCCAACAGGACCUCAACAAAGUCCUGGAGGAGAUCCGCGCCCAGUAUGAGGCCAUCACCGACAAACACCGCCGCGACCAGGAGGCCUGGUUUAAUGAGAAGUCGGCCGCCUUGACGAAGGAGGUGACCAUCAGCACAGAGACCAUCCAGACGUCCAAGACAGAGAUCGGGGACUUGAGACGCACGCUGCAGGGUCUGGAGAUCGAGCUGCAGUCUCAGCUCAGCAUGAAAGGGGCGCUGGAGAACACGCUGGCAGAGACGGAGGCUCGUUACAGCGCCAUGCUCGCCGGCUUCCAGAACACGAUCAACAUGCUGGAGGUAGAGUUGGCCAACGUGCGUGCCAGCAUUGAGCAGCAGGGACAGGACUACAGGAUGCUGCUGGACAUCAAGACCAGGCUGGAGCAGGAGAUCGCCACUUACAGGAGCCUGCUGGAUUCCGAAGAGUCCAGGCCAGUUGGCUCAGGGAGCACUAAGACCACAGUCACGUCCACCACUGUGCGCACUUCCAGCUAAACGGUGCAGCCCGCAUGAUGGCACACACAUGCACACACACACACGCACACACAUGCACACACACAGACUAAUAAAAGCUGUUACACCCGAUAAGAAAAGCUACGCUAAAAAAGAAUGGAGGGGAGAUGAAAGUUGUUUGAUAAGAAGAGGAGAACAGAAGGUGGAUGUUGUGUUUUGCCUUAAAAACACACCGCCCUGGUCUAACAUGGCACUUCCACAUCAUGCAGAACAGCAAAACAACAUGUACAUUGGUCUGGAAAGUUGGAAAUGUGGGAUAACCCCCCCCCCCCCCCCCCC